GAAGUAUUGUUAUUUUCCUACACAUCAUCGCAAUAGGCUACAGAAAUCUCUUACAAAACCAUCACAAAACUAUGGUUGACUUCAAGUUUAAUGGUUCAAUACAGGACAAAAUACAAUCUGGAAUCUAUGGAACAAGGUUAGAGGGAAUAUUAUGAGGAAAGCAGCUCACAUAUCCUUGUAUUUCAACACAAAAGUGCUGGGACAAAUGAGUCCACAGUUAGCCGUAUAUUCCAAGCCAUGGAGGACAUAAAGCACACUAACCUGUUUGUCAGAGGACUUAACUUGCAUGUUGCUGAAAUUGGAUCAGGCCCAGCAGUGCUGCUAUUGCAUGGGUUUCCUGAGAUCUGGUAUUCAUGGCGCUUUCAGAUGAUAGCAUUAGCAAAAGCAGGGUUUCAUGCAAUUGCUCCUGACUACAGAGGCUAUGGGCUCUCAGACCACCCUUCUGAAAUCGAGAAAAGCACCUAUGUGGACCUUGUGGAAGACAUGGCUAGCCUUCUUGAUGCUCUGGGAAUUAAACUGGUUUUUGUUGUGGCCAAGGAUUUUGGAGCAGCUGUUGGAUACUAUCUGGACCUUCUCUACCCAGAGUUAGUAAAGGGUAUUGUGGCAUUGGGCGUACCCUACAGGAGGGUCAGUUCCUCAAUCACCCAGAGAAACAUUUCUCCAGAGGGUUUUUAUACCAGACACUGGCAGGUGCCCGGAAGAGCAGAGGCGGAUUUUGGGCGUUUUGAUGUAAAAACAGUAGUGAAGAAUAUCUAUACACUUUUCUCUGGAAGUGAGGUACCCACUGCAGAAGAGGGUAAGGAGAUUAUGGAUCUGUAUGACCCUGCCACUCCUCUGCCACGAUGGUUCACUGAAGAUGACCUCAAUGUUUAUGCAACUCUGUAUGAGAAGUCUGGAUUUCGCUUUGCUCUGCAAGUUCCAUACCGUUGUUUGCCCAGAACUUGGGAGGUUUUGUCUGAUCUGACCGACUUUGUUAUAAAAGCUCCCACCCUCCUUAUCAUGGGAACCAAAGAUUAUAUUCUCAAGUUUCCGGGAAUGGAAGAGCAUAUCAGCAGCGAGCAGUACAAGGCUGAUGUGCCCAGUCUUGAGAUCAUGUUUUUUCCAGAUGGAAGCCAUUUUGUUCAGGAGCAAUUUCCUGAGGACAUUAAUAAGCUCAUCCUUGCCUUCCUCAAUAAGCACAUCUAGAAGAGAUGCAAACUUUUAUUUCAAGAAUGCAGUAACUUGUUCUCUUAGAUGGUGUAACAGAAGUACAGGAUACUGAAUCCAUGGAUGAAUGUUGCUUCAUAAGUUAACAUCAUUGUUAAUUUAAAACUAUCGAUUUCACAUUAUUACGAACGGAAAAUUCUAGGCAAUAAAGUGGCUUUGAUUUUUCUUUUUA